UAAAGAGGUGUUUCUUCCCAAGGUGUCCCUGCCUCAGCAUCCUCCUCUGUGUCUUGGAAUGCAACAGAUCAUGACUGUGGUUCUGGGGUAGAGUGUGACAGAGGCACCCACUAUCCACACUCUUAGCAUUGUCACCAGUGUUGAUGCCUUGCUGAGGUAAAAAGUCUUCUGGGUUGUGCUUGUACUGUCCUUUUAUUGUGAACAAACAAGGUGACUUUGAUGUGGUGUGUUUUGUUUCCCUCUCUCUUUGGGCUGUAGGAUGAGAGGCCUGGGAAGUUGCAGUUUGACCUACUGGGACAAACAUAAGAACUCUAGAGGAUGAAGACAUAGGGGGUGAGAAAGGAUCAGACAAAAAAUCCAGCUAAAGAGCAUUGGUGGAGACAUCCUCAAAACAACACAUGCCCAUAGUUCUGCUGUAUGAACAUGAUCUCUUCAUCAAUAAACAUAUGGCAACCACCCACCAUGAUAUGGGCACUGCCAAUUGGAUGGCACAUGCCAUGGAACCCUGUGUGACCCACUGUGACAUAGGCACUGCCAACUGGUUGUCAUGGUCAUGGGCCUCUUUGUGACCCACCACCAGUGACAUAUCGACACUUUGUGACCCAUCUCUGGUAUCAAAGCAUCCACCCAUAUAACCCCAGAGUGCACAAGAGGACAGGAAGGAACAGAGUGGGGCUGCAAGGAGGCCGUGCAUAACCACCUCAUGUCUUGCUGAGCCCUGUCAUCCUUUCCAAGGCAUCUUCCAUCCCUGUGGCUGAAGUCCUCAAAGCCCAAGCUCCAGCAGGAUCAAAAGGCAAGAACUCCCAGUGAAGAGAACCCCAAGCAUGCCCAGAUUGACCUCUGUGAAGGGGAGGGAAGGGGAGAAGGUGGGGGAGGAGAUGAUGAUGAUAAAAGCCCUGGGGCUGCUCUAGCACAGCAGCCUGAAGAAGUGGAGGGAGUCUAGCUGCUGCAGGCAGGUAAGUAGCUGAGCUGGGUCAUCCCAUGCACUGUGGACAUCCCCAGGGAAGAAGGGGAAAUGGGAAGGGGCUGAUUCCCGCAGUAGCCCUGCUCUAUCCACCAGGCAACCUCAGCCCCAGGCUGCAGCCAGAGAGACAGGGAUUGGUGGCCCCACAACCUGUUUUCUGAGGGUUGGUCUUUGCUGGGGAGUGCAGGGCUCAGCUGUGUUCUCCAGCCUCUCCUGCACUCCCUCAGCUCUGACUGUGCUUGCUUUUUGCCAAAUCCAGUUGAGAAACUGCCAGAAAAGAAGAAGCACAACCAUUGCUACUUCCACAGAAAUGCACAGAUACUUUUGAACUUCCAUAAGCCUACUGAUCCUGAAGACAAGAACAGCAUGGCCCCUGAGGACAUGGCAAACGCUGACUCCUAUAAAGCAGAAGACAGUGCCAUGCUGGAUGUGAUCAUGGGAAGUGGCACCUCCAGAAUGAAGAAAGUGCCGACCAUUGUGAGGGACAUUUACCAAAGUCUCUCAUUCAUCACGGAUGUAUCUACUGACUACAGUCCGGAUGAGAACCUGCAGGAGAUGGCCCUUGCACAGCCACAUGAUGUGGUGGUGACCCUCCUGCGGUGUGCCCCAUCAUGUGACAGAGUUGCUGUGACCAUGUGGAGGGCAAUUAUCUCCUCACAUAGAACUGCGGAGAAGGUGCUGCCAGAGCUCCUCUGUGUGCUGGAGGACUGGCCGCUGCACAGCACAUCCACCUCCGAUAAGGAUGACUCAGACGUCUUUCCUCUGGCCGCAACCAGAGCACUGUGGGAGAUCAUUCACCUGCCCGAGUGCCCAGAGAUGUUGAUUCUGUAUUUUCCCCGCCUCUUUGUGGCCCUGCUCUUCCAAGUUUUCUCCAGCUCAGAGCGGAUGCCAGUGAAAGUCAAUGCCUUCUGGAGGCAAUGUCAGCACAAGCACUUCUUACCCAAGAACCCCAACAGGUGCUCCACAGGUCCUCCCAUCUCCACAGUGCCCUUGGAGCUGGGUCCAGGAUUCCUGGCAUCACCCGGGCUUUGCUCUGCACACAGAUUUGCAUUGAUGACCAUGAAAGCACUGCUCUGUGAGCUUGAGUACAAGGAUGUGGUGUCUGAAGUUGAACGUGAGUGUGGCUGGGACACACUCCUCAGCACUGAUACCCACCACCAUACAGUGGGUCUUCUGGCCAGAGCAAUGCUCAGGAUCUCAAAGUCUUUGUGUUGCCGCAUUGCGCGCUCCCUGUUCAGGCUGCUCCGCAGGGAGGAGGCACGCUGGGAGGUGGCUGCCAUGGCCUUCCUUGUUGAGAUCCUGCCUUGCCUUAACAUAAAGCAAUGUGGUGAAUGCAUCCUUCAGCUUUUCCCAAUCUACCUAUUGAGGCAGUGCACAGUUAUGCGUCUCCUGGUGCUUAGAUGCCUCAUGGUACUCUGCAGGAGACCCUCUAUGGCCAACACAAUGUGGGCCCUGACUGAAAGCCUCACAGAGGUGCUGAAGGAUGAAGACGGGGAGGUGAAGGAGAUGACCCUGUCUGUGCUCAGUGAGAUGGUCCUGAACAGAGAUGUGCCAAUUGCCAGUUCCCUCGCUCUGCAGCUGGCUGAGGCACUGCGGCCACUCAUUGACAAUGAUAUGAUCCGUGUGCAGCUGCUCUCCAUUCACCUCUUUCAAGCACUGAUGAAGUUGGUAGAGGAAGAGGGGGAAAAGCCCCUAGAGAGAAUUGCGCGCCAGAGCCUGUUCCCACUAUUCCGCCACUUGCACAACAGGAACCAGUCUGUGGCCGAGGCCUCCUGGGGAGCUCUGCUUCAAAUUAACACAUUCCUGCAAGAAAGGAAGUGCAAGGAUCUGUUGGAAAUGAAAUGGAGAGGUGAAAAGAGCCUGGUGCCGACCAUUGUGAGGGACAUUUACCAGUGGCUCUCAUUCAUCAGGGAUGUGGCUGCUGAGCACAGACUACAUAAGACCCUGCAGGAGAUGGCCCUUGCACAGCCACAUGAUGUGGUGGUGACCCUCCUGCGGUGUGCCCCAUCAUGUGACAGAGUUGUUGUGACCAUGUGGAGGGCAAUUAUCUCCUCACAUAGAACUGCGGAGAAGGUGCUGCCAGAGCUCCUCUGUGUGCUGGAGGACUGGCCGCUGCACAACACAUCCACCUCCGAUAAGGACGACUCAGACGUCUUUCCUCUGGCCGCAACCAGAGCACUGUGGGAGAUCAUUCACCUGCCCGAGUGCCCAGAGAUGUUGAUUCUGUAUUUUCCCCGCCUCUUUGUGGCCCUGCUCUUCCAAGUUUUCUCCAGCUCAGAGCGGAUGCCAGUGAAAGUCAAUGCCUUCUGGAGGCAAUGUCAGCACAAGCACUUCUUACCCAAGAACCCCAACAGGUGCUCCACAGGUCCUCCCAUCUCCACAGUGCCCUUGGAGCUGGGUCCAGGAUUCCUGGCAUCACCCGGGCUUUGCUCUGCACACAGAUUUGCAUUGAUGACCAUGAAAGCACUGCUCUGUGAGCUUGAGUAUAAGGAUGUGGUGUCUGAAGUUGAAUGUGAGUGUGGCUGGGACACACUCCUCAGCACUGAUACCCACCACCAUACAGUGGGUCUUCUGGCCAGAGCAAUGCUCAGGAUCUCAAAGUCUUUGUGUUGCCGCAUUGCGCGCUCCCUGUUCAGGCUGCUCCGCAGGGAGGAGGCACGCUGGGAGGUGGCUGCCAUGGCCUUCCUUGUUGAGGUCCUGCCUUGCCUUAAGUUACGGAACUGGGAUGAACGCAUCCUCCCACUUGUCCAAAUCUACCUUCUCAAGGACUGCAGAGCGUUGCGUCUCCUGGUGCUCAGAUGCCUUACGUUGCUCUGCAAGAGACCUUCUAUGGCUGAAAGCAUGCAAAACCUGAGUGAAAGCCUCACAGAAGUGCUGAAGGAUGAAGACAGGGAGGUGGUGUGGAUGACACUCUCUGUGCUCAGUGAGAUGCUCCUGAACAGAGAUGUUCCAAUUGCCAGUCCCCUCGCUCUGCAUUUGGCUGAGGCAUUCCGGCCACUCUUUGACAAUGAUGACAGCCAUGUGCAGCUGGCCUCCAUUCACCUCUUUAAAGCAGUGAUUGGGUUGGUAGAAGAAGGAGAACGGCCCCUGCAGGACUGCGUGCACCAGAGCCUGCUCCCACUCUUCUACCACAUGUAUGAUGAGAACCAGUUUGUGGCAGAGGCCUCUUUGGAAACCCUGAUUCAAGCAACGAUAUUCCUGAAGAAGUGGAAUCUUGUGCAGCUCCUGGAGACAGAUGAGCUGUGGAGGUUUGGCGAGGACCUGCUGCAAGAGGACAGAGACAGAGCAGAUGGGUACCUGCGCCAGUCCGUGAUGUACCUGCAGAGCCCACAGAAGUCCGUGCGAGAGGCAGCCAUCAGGCUCAUUGCCCGCCAAGACAUGACAAAUUACUUUAGCUCCUCCAUCUGGAACCUCAUAACUCGAACCCGGCGCUUUCUAAGGCCUGCAGAGAGAAAUCCUUGCUCCGGAUUCAGGCUGCUGCAAAACCAACUCCGUGAGGCAUGGAGGAAAGGAGCUUCUCUCUUGGAAAAUCACUGGUCUUCUCUCCGGUACAGUGUUGGGUUACAAAGCUGGAGGUCCCCACACAACUGAUCCCAAGAACUCUCAGGGCUAUCUGAAUGGAAAUAUUCAGUGGCUUCUGGCCUCACAGGACAGCUUUCCUCUUAGAUCACUUUUCUCCAGCUCACAGGACUGCUUUCCUUUUAGAUCACUUUUCUUCACCCCUUUUAAGGAAACUAUUCCCCUUUUAAGGAAAUGAUUAAACAAAAUAAAAAGUUACUAAUUCACAA